AUGCCUUCUCCUCCGGAAGAAGAAACCCAACAACCCAAAACCGAUUCCGGUUCGGGUACGGGUCCGGGUCAAACCUCCGAACGCGGCGAUACCAAUCAACCACCACCGCAAACGCAAACGCAAACGCAACAAUACCCACCCGUUAUGGGUUUUCCGGGUUACCAUCAACAACCUUACCCAGGAGGUUAUCCAAACGCACCUUACAAUCACCCACAAUACGCCUACGCUCAAGCCCCACCCGCUUCUUAUUACGGGUCAUCUUACCCGCCCAACCAAAACCCGGUUUACCAAAGACCAGCUCCUUCCAAUUUCUUCAGAGGAAUCUUAACCGGUUUAAUUGUAAUAGUCGUAUUCCUCUGCAUCGCCACCACCAUAACCUGGCUAGUCUACCGUCCUCAAAUCCCGGCUUUCUCCGUAACCAAUUUCUCGGUUUCCAAUUUCAACGUAACCGGUCCGGUUUUCUCCGCCCAAUGGACCGCUAAUCUCACCGUGGAGAAUCAAAACACGAAAUUGAAAGGCUAUUUCGAUCGAAUCCAAGGAUUUAUAUAUAACCAUAACGCGAUUGGAGAAGACGAUUUUUUAGCGACUGCGUUUUUUCAACCGGUUUACGUUGAGACGAAGAAAUCGGUUAUGAUCGGAGAGACUUUAACCGCGGGAGAGAAAGACCAACCGAAAGUUCCGAGUUGGGUCGGAGAAGAGAUGAAGAAAGAGAGAGAGACCGGAACGGUGUCGUUUAAUCUGAGAAUGGCGGUUUGGGUUACGUUCAAGACCGAUGGUUGGUCGUCUCGUGAGAGAGGUCUUAAGGUGUUUUGUGGGAAAUUGAAAGUUGCGUUUGAAGGAGGUUCUGGAAACGGUGCCGUUUUGUUGCCUAAACCACUUCCUUGUUUGGUUUACGUUUGA